GGUGAAUCGGAUCUACUGGCACACACGAUGGUCUCCACGACGUUGAUCUCAACUGUCCCACAAUAUGUCUCCUCUGAGGAGCACAGAAAUAUCGUAGGAUCGACUCCUCAAUCGUUCAAUGACAUCCCUCCCGUGCUGCGCCACAAGGAGGACAAUGUACGCGUUGUGCUUGAUCCUCCCCUCCAUACAUUCACCGAACAAGAUUGCGCAAAUGGAACAUUAUUCGUGAUCGAGAGCGCCCUUGUUUUCAUGUCAUCGACCGGGGUUGGAUUUCAGGUCCCGUACCCUGCCAUCACCCUUCACGCAAUUGCGCGUCCAGAAUCUGGACCAUCGAUAUAUUGUCAACUAGACGAGCUCGCUGGAGAACCUGGAGCAACUGAGUCACCUGAAAAUGAUGAAGCCCUCCGACAUGCGAGAGCUGAGCAUCAUCCCCCGAUAUUUGAGGCAAUGUCCCUCUGUGCUUCCCUCCACCCAGAUCCAAAUGUUUCAGAUGAUGACGACUUGGACGAAACAUUUAUGGACGAGAGCGCCUUUGAGACGUUUACGGGCGAAGAAGGCGAAGAGCUUAGUGAGGUUGGCCGGGCGGCUCUCGAGCAUUUGGAGUCGAUCAUCGAUGAUCCAUAUCAUCCAGGCAAGAAUGGCGUCAACGGCGCUGGCGAAGAUGUUGAAAGCGAAGGCGAUGGAGGACAUUGAUCUGGACGUUGAUUCUGGAUCUUAAACACACAGCAAGAACAAAAGUAUAUAUUUCACCAACGAAGGAUCGACGCAUAAUCGAGACAUCCAGUACAUGACUAUUUGAAUCAACAAAUCAUAUCAGUCUUUAUUUACGACUUGAAAC